AUGACUGGGUUCUUGGAUCUGCCCUAUGAGCUUCGCUACAUGGUCUAUGACAAUCUCCUGGAAAUGAGAUGGGCAAUCGGCGACCGCAUAUUUUGGGUGCCUGAAGUUGACAUCAACAUGCAUCCCGCCAUGGCCAUCUCAAGACGAAAAGGGGAAGACUUCAGACCAACCGGAGGACCUUACAUCUUCAGAAAACGCGGAACAGUCACACGUGGUCGUGAGUACCCUACAGUCAACCUCUACAACAUCACGCUAUUGGUUUCUCUCGCUCGAACCAGCAAGAUUCUGUAUAAAGAAGUUGUGGAGCUCGCUUGGCCAAACUCGAAUCUUAAAAUACAGGGAACACUGAACAUGGUCUGUGGAUUGCUUGGUCCUCGUCUUGCUCUCUGCAUGUCGCCUCUUGUCAAACAAUGUAUCGAAUACCUGGAGCUGGGCAUCUUUGAUCCCUCAGACCGAGACGGUGUUCAGCCCAUGAAGGAGCUUGUUGAAAUCAUCAACACUCAUCUUCCUGCGUUGAAAAGGCUUGACCUCAGCUUCCCGCACCGCACAGAUUCCCAUCGAGAUCCACUACAUCUACUGGGCAAGUCAGCCAAAGCAGCCUUUGCACAACUGCUUCUUUUGCGUCUUGAGCUACGUGUUGUCUUCCACGUGUAUGAGCGACGCCACACGGGCGAAACUCUUCACAUAUACCGCGCUCACGACAAUCUAGCGGCUCUCCUUACAGACAUACACACUUCCAACCGCUUCAAAGCCCUUGACAGGCAACGGAUGAAACAUGACCUUGAGCUCCUUGACCUUGACUACUGCCUUCUCAGGACAACGGAUCUGCGUUCCGCCGUCCACCACGAAGAAGGUGUCAGCUCUUCCAAUAAUACGGUCUGA